UACGAGAAUGGUGGAGUUGAUCCAACAUCUAUAUAAGUGGCGAAGCAUACUGUGGAGAAUUUCACAGAUCAACCGCUGGGGCUUUGACGACAAUACUUGUUGCUAAACAAUGCUGAGACUUGUGAUUGUUGGGUUUCUCGCUGGAACUCUAAUAGUGUCUUGUGAUGCGGGAGGAGAUGGUCAUGGAGGACAUGACCACAUAAUAAUUCACGUUCCCUACCACAUUAAGACGAUAAAGCAUACUCACACGAUAACGAAACACGUCCACCAUAAAUCAGGCGGUGGAGAUCAUUACGAGGUCCUUGGGUACACAGUGGGUCAUCCAAUUGAUCUCGGAGGGCAUGGGGGAGGACAUGGGGGAGGACAUGGAGGAGGCUGGUCUGGAGGACACGGAGGUGACUGGUCAGGUGGCAACGAAAUUGGAGGGCAUCAUUUUGGCGGAGAGGAGGAUGGGGGUCAAGAGUACGGGGGAUAUUGAAUAUUUCUCCCUAGUCCAAGCCAAUCCAAAUAUUCUUCACCUUUUUCAACUUUUCUACCCUAUUUAAUAAAAACCCUGAAUGUCUUCAGAUGUCAUAUUUUAUGAUUUUCUGACAAUUUAUUAUAAAAAUACAUAGAAAACCAAGUGUUUAUGUUCAACCGAUUCACUUAUUGAUCCAAUUGGUCUACGGGGUCACCAAAUCCCUCUUUAACUACAACUUAACAUCUUUCAUUCGUCUUGUCUGAAAACUUUUCGAUUUAUUACUGUGAGUGAAUUAUGGGUUCCGAUGGAGGUCAAGAACAAACACAUUAUUCAUAUCUUUCAAUAAUUCUACAUUAUUUCAUAAAAAAAACAUCCUAGAAUACAUUUUUGUACAUAAUCAACGACUUUAUUAUAAAAAUAUACAAAAGAACUGAUUAAAAUGUCGUGCUUAA